AUGCAAACAGGCACGGCAUACAAAACUCCUAUUGGCACUUCUCCUUAUCGGUUAAUCUUCGACAAAGCUUGUCAUCUACCCGUAGAACUGGAACACAAAGCCAUGUGGGCUCUGAAGAGGUUGACCUUGGAAUGGGCUGAAGCUGCAAAUUUGAGGUUAACACAACUCAAUGAAAUGGAGGAAUUCUAUUUCCAUGCAUAUGAAAGUGCAGCUAUGUAUAAAGAAAGGAUGAAGCAAGCUCAAUCAAAAUGGUCCGGUCUAUUUAAGGUGGUAAAUGUCUCUUUUUUUGGAGCUGUGGAACUAGAAUCGGAGGAUGGGCUCCGAACCUUCAAAGUGAAUGGCCAGCGAGUGAAGAACUACUUGGGCACAAAUGAAAAAAAAACAUUUGGUGGAGCAGUUGGCUCUCAAAGAUAG